GAGAGAGGGAGAGAGAGGAGGAGGAGAAGGGAGAAAAGCGAAAGAGAGAGGGGCAGGGAUGACAGAGGGGCGGGAGACAUAGAGAGGGUUGAGGAGAAAGCCAUAGAGAGAAACGUAGAUUAAGACUGCCCUCUCUCUGUGUGAGCUUCUUCCACUGAAGCCUGUCUAUCUGCGGAGUCAGACGCUGUGUGUGUGUGUGUGUGUGUGUGUGUGUGUGUGUGUCCGGGGGGGGGUGUCACUUUCCGUGCGCAUCCAUCGCACCUCACCACAUCCCCACACCAACCGCUGGAGACAUGUUUCAGGGGAUCCCGGUUUGAUUCGGUCCAGUCUGCCUGAGAGUAAGCGUGAAGUCGGCUGGAAAUGAACUCAGAGGGUACAUGUCGGUCUCAGAGCAUUCAUGGUAAGAGUCGGCGUCUCUCCUCCUCUCCCAUCCACAUGAGAAGUUUGACCGGAGCUGGCUGAAGGGAGGCUACCGGUGUUUCCGAUUGGCUGUUUCAUCUUUGUACCUCAAGCAACCGGGUGACUGUUUGAAAGGACAGUAAGGGUUGCAUGCAUCAGUGCCAAGAAAUUGCAUUACGUGGGAGACUUCUGCUAAGGAGACACAGAGACACUUCUGGAGGAUGGAGGAAAGAGCUGGGCAAGGACGUACACAAGAGAACGGACGCAGUGACGGUGCGGCCACAGAGCCGCGCUCCACUCCCUGCACCAGCCUGAAGAUGUUUCUGGUGGCUCUGUCCUUUGCCUAUUUUGCAAAGGCUCUGUCAGGGAGCUACAUGAAGAGCACAAUAACUCAGCUGGAGAGGCGCUUUGACAUCCCCAGUUACCUAAUAGGUGUCAUUGACGGGAGCUUCGAGAUAGGUAACCUCUUGGUGAUAGCUUUCGUCAGUUACUUUGGGGCCAAGCUCCAUCGGCCAAAGAUCAUUGCAAUGGGUUGUGUGCUGAUGUCCAUCGGCACCUUCAUCAUCGCUCUGCCUCACUUCAUCAUUGGGCGCUAUGAAUAUGAAACAUCAGUGCGGUGGGUAGUGAAUUCAACACUUAACCCCUCACCAUGUCCGGUGGGAUCACUGGCUGACCUGACCCAAGAUGGUAAACUGCCUGAAGUGCCAGCCGCAGGUUGUGAAAGCGAGUCUAACUUGUCGAUGUGGAUCUAUGUGCUCUUGGGAAAUGUCCUGCGGGGAAUCGGAGAGACGCCAGUUCAGCCUCUUGGGAUCUCGUAUAUAGAUGAUUUUGCUACUGAGGAGAACGCUGCGCUAUAUGUGGGCUGUGUGCAGACCAUCUCUGUAGUUGGCCCUGUGUUUGGCUACUUAUUAGGCUCCCUUUGUGCCAAAAUCUAUGUGGACAUUGGAUUUGUAAAAAUGGAAACCAUCACAAUCACCCCAGCAGAUGCCCGCUGGGUGGGGGCCUGGUGGCUGGGCUACCUCAUAGCUGGGGUCAUCACCCUGCUCUCUGCCAUCCCAUUCUGGUUUCUGCCCCGCUCCCUGCCCAUGUCUGGGCCCCGGGGCCCGGAGAAGUGCACGCCAGAGCAGACAAGUUUCAUCAAAGACUCCCCCCUUAUGAAGCACAAGUAUCCCGCAGACGAACACACUAGUUUUAUAGAGAUGGCCAAAGACUUUAUUCCAACCCUGCGAACUCUGCUGGGACACCCUGUGUAUCUGAUCUACCUGUGUGUGACAAUCAUCCAGCUGAACUCUCUCAUCGGCAUGGUCACCUACAAGCCCAAAUACAUCGAGCAGCACUUCAGGCAAUCUGCAUCAAAGGCCAACUUUCUGAUGGGCAUGAUCAAUAUCCCCGCUGUGGCCCUGGGGAUGUUUUCUGGAGGUCUGCUGAUGAAAAGACUGAAGCUGAACAUCAUGGGAGCAGCCAGGUUUGCCUUUGGCACGUCUCUGAUCGGUUACAUCCUGUCACUGUUCUUUUUCGCAAUGAGCUGCGAGAAUGCCAAGGUAGCCGGGGUAACACUGUCAUACAACAGCAUGGAUACAAUAUCCUAUGAAAAACAUCCAGUGUUCACAGCCUGCAACUCAGACUGCUUUUGUUCAGCGAGUGACUGGGAUCCAGUCUGUGGAGAGAAUGGCAUCACAUAUGUUUCUCCCUGUCUUGCUGGCUGCACCAGCUCUGCUGGCUCAGGGAAAAACACAGUCUUCUCUAACUGUAGCUGUGUCGGUGCGGCUGGUAACUUUACGGCCAGUACAGGUCAGUGUCCUCAGAAGGACGACUGUGACAGGAUGUUCCCGUACUUCCUGGCUCUCUCUGUCAUCACUUCCUUUAUCAUCUCCCUCGGGGGGACACCAGGCUACAUGCUUCUCAUCAGGUGCAUAAAACCACAGCUGAAAUCUCUGGCCUUGGGAUUCCAUGCUCUGGCAACACGAACCCUCGCGGGGAUCCCGGCACCUAUCUACUUUGGAGCAAUCAUUGACACCACAUGUCUAAAAUGGGGUCAGAAGAGGUGUGGAGGCAUAGGAGCCUGUCGAAUCUACAACACCACUGCAUACAGGAUUGCAUACCUGGGCCUGACCCUGAGCCUGCGGACUGUCUCAUUCGUUAUUUGCAUCCCGGGCUUCAUUCUGCUUAGUCGACAGCUGAAGAAGGAGGAAAGAAACGCCAUUCACGGAGCUCUGUCCAAUGGCGGAGCAGAGCUCGAGGCACUCAGGAAGGAAGAGUUUGUGAUUUCGAAUUCCGACCAAUUACAACAAACGUCAGAUAACAGCACAGACAGGGAGACACGGCUGUGACAGAUCCAUCAGAAUUGACACCCUUUGUCCCUUUUACACACACCACAGAUGAACAAAUACUAUCAUAUAUAUAUACACAUACACACACACACACCUACAGUAUUUACAGACUGAUACUGUAAAUAUGCGCACACCCUCACAAACAAAUGAGAUUUGCAGGGAAUCAUGUGUUGUAUCUGAUUAUCUCAUAUAAAGCAUAAAUUCUAUAUUUGUACUACUGGACCUGUGAAGGCUUUGUGAAUUUGACAGAAAUUUGAUAUAACUGAAAUAUUUCUUGAAUGUACAUGCUGUUUUUUUUCUUUACAAAGAAAACAAUAUUUUUCUGUUUUAACGGUGGCACAAGAGAUAAGAUGGGAAAUGUGACUUGUACAGACUACUGCAAAAACAGUUAUAAUUCUGAACACCAGCACUUAUUAAGCUGCCUCUUUGGAUUUUUCUUUCAAAUUAAGUUUUUCCUCCUGACCUGAACCCAGUGUUACUGAAGAAAAGUGGCCUUAAAAACCAAAGGCAUGACAUUAAAUUUAAACAAAAAUAAUAAUAAAACACGAGGAAAAUUAGUACUUCAAAGAGACAGGAAGGGAGGGUUUUUUUUAAAUGAAUUUUGAAUAGAAAAGAUAAGCAAAAAUACAUGUUUGAACAUGUAUUUCAGUAACUUUUAAGAGGGCUUGGCUGUUGUUGAUUUGACAUCUGUGCCUCAUUCACUCAACAGUUACCUCCAAAUCAUGUGUGUCAUGUCUUGCUGAUAGUAGAGAGCAACUGUAGGUUACACUUUCAGAUAGACUUUCUAAUUUUGCUUUCUGUCUUUACAUUCAUUUAGGGAAAAAAAAAGUUUCAUUUCUUACUGAAUCUAAAACUUACUUACUGUCUCUUACUUUAAGCCCAAAAUUAGGUUUCUUACAGUUUGUGUUGUGUGCUUUCUGGAUGUGAACUUGUUCCUUUGGUAUUCAUACUCUCUAAAAAUGGAAAUUGUAUUUUAGUGAGAUCUGCUUACAGGUUGGUCUAAUGGAGACUGCUCUGAUUUCAAUAUCAAUGACAGCCACAAGGAGGCAGUACCAUAUCUUUAUGUGGUUUUAUUGAGUAAGCAGUCAACUAAACUUGUUAACACUCAUAAUUAGGAUUAGACUGAAUUUGCUUCAUGGGCCUCUGCGGGCUCUGGGAAUUAAAUAACCAUUGUUGUUUGAAACAGAUGGCUGAGGUGAAUGCCUGCCCUUGUGUCUGGUGGUUGCCAUGUGUUGUGCCUUUUUGAAGAGGCAGUAUUUGUACACUGAUAAAAGAUAUGCUGUAGGCUCUCCCAGUUUUUAGGCGAACAACCUCACUGUGUGGGGAGUGUCACCACAAAGUGUGUAUUUGUAUUGCUGAUGUGUAAAAGCUCUGCCUCUGCAUCUCCAGCCAUUGGUAUAUACAAAAUGUUUCA